AAAUUUCAUAAAAGUUACUUUAUUUACUUUAUAAUCGACUAAUCGUGGCUAAGGUGAUGAGUCGAUGACUAUUCAAAUUUAUUUUGAAACAAGAUAUCAUAUUCAUCACCAUUCGUCCCCACGCCUCUCUCUCGUCUAAACAAAAAAAGGACAAACCAUGGAGUUGGGAAAAUCAACGGAGAAUCAAAACGACGUCAUGGUAUUACUAGCAAAGCAUGUCAUCGCUACCGUUGCCAACGGCUCCAACCUCGUCUUCUCACCAAUGUCAAUCAAUAUUUUGCUCUGCUUGAUCGCAGCUGGUUCCAACUGCGUCACCAAAGAACAAAUCCUAUCAUUCCUCACGUUACCCUCAUCGGAUCACCUCAACGCGGUCUUGGCCAAGACCGUAUCUGUUGCCUUCGCUGAUGGAUUGGAGAGAAAUGACUUGCACUUAUCUACGGCUUAUGGUGUAUGGAUUGACAAAUCUUUAUCCUUCAAGCCUUCCUUUAAAGAUCUUUUGGAGAACUCCUAUAACGCUACUUGUAGUCAAGCUGACUUCGCAACCAAACCUGCUGAAGUGAUUAAUGAAGUGAAUACAUGGGCUGAAGCCCACACCAAUGGACUCAUCAAAGAGAUUCUUUCACACGAUUCUAUCAAGACUAUCCGUGAAAGUACGCUAGUAUUUGCAAAUGCAGUGUACUUCAAAGGAGCUUGGAGCAAAAAAUUUGAUGCAAAGUUAACAAAAAAUAACGAUUUCCAUCUUCUUGACGGCACCACGGUGAAAGUCCCCUUCAUGACCAAUUACAAGAAGCAAUACCUAGAAUAUUAUGAUGGUUACAAAGUUUUGCGCCUUCCUUAUGUAGAGGAUCAACGUCAAUUCGCCAUGUACAUUUAUCUUCCUAAUGACAAAGAUGGAUUACCUACUCUGCUUGACGAAAUAAGCUCCAAACCCGGAUUUCUUGAUAACCAUAUUCCGCGCCAGCGUAUAUUAGUGGAACCGUUCGGAGUUCCCAAGUUUAAGUUCUCUUUUGAAUUUAAAGCUUCAGAUGUUUUGAAGGAAAUGGGGCUGACUUUACCAUUUACACAUGGUAGUCUAACCGAGAUGGUUGAGUCGCCUUCCAUUCCCGAGAAUCUAUGUGUUGCCGAGAAUUUGUACGUCUCAAAUUUUUUUCACAAAGCUUGCAUUGAGGUGGAUGAAGAGGGAACUGAAGCUGUUGCCGUUUCUGUUGCCAGCAUGACAAAGGACAUGUUGUUGAUGGGAGAUUUCGUAGCUGACCAUCCAUUUCUAUUCACAGUGAGAGAAGAGAAGAGUGGAGUGAUUUUGUUCAUGGGUCAAGUUCUUGAUCCUUCAAAACAUUGAUUGAAAUUAUUUGUUGUAUUUUUGUGUGUUUA